ACAGACCAUAUAGGGCACACAGUGGAUAUGUUGGACUGGCAGUGAAAGCGUAAUCACACAGGAGCUCCGGCUACCCAAUUUCUUCAAUCAGAAGACACUGAAAAUAAGGUACAUGUUGUGCGAGACCAUCUACUUCCCAAUUAAUGAUGGCACUUCCUACAAACACCACAAAUGAUGUCCUUCAAUGUAUCAUCAAUGACCAGAUGGCGCCUUUCAGCGUGCUCUACAUCCUGGUCUUUUUCAUCAGUAUGGCCUCCAACCUGGUGGCUCUUUGGGCAUUCACACGGAGCUAUGACGCCAAGAAGAGCAUCCACGUCUACCUAGUCAAUCUCUUGGCCUCUGACCUCUUGCUCACCCUGGCUCUGCCCUUCAAGGUUGCCAAAGACCUAGGCUUGGCUCCCUGGGGCCUCAUGGUCUUCCAUUGUCAGAUGAGCGCUGUGGUCAUCUACAUCGGCAUGUAUGCUGCCAUCCUCUUCCUCACCUUCAUCAGCAUUGACUGCUGUUUACAGAUCAGCCAGAGCACCAGAUGCUUACACAUCCAGGAAGUGGGCUUUGCCAGGCUAAUGUCGGUGAUGGUGUGGCUACUCGUCCUUCUUGUCAUGGUGCCAAACAUGGCUCUACCCAUUCUGGACAUCCCCAAAAGGAAGUUCCUGAGCUGCUCCCACCUGAAGAGGCAGAUGGGGCUCCAAUGGCAUGCUCUCGCUGUUUUUCUCUGCACCUUUCUGUUCCUAAACGCGUCCGUGGCAGUUCUUCUCUCCAAUGGCCUGGUCCUGAAGAGGCUGCUGGUGAGCCAGAAUGACCCUGAGAAACGGCGCAGCACCCACCGUGCCAAUGCCAAGAUUGCCACGGUAACGGCAGCGUUCGUGGUGUGCUUUGUGCCAUACCACGUGGUAAGAACACCCUAUACACUAGCUCAGACCGAAGUCAUCACUCCAGACUGCCAGACCAGUAGGCGUCUCUUCCUGGCCAAGGAGUCCACAUUACUGCUGGUGGUGCUGCACAUCUGCCUGGACCCUGUGCUUUAUUACUACCUCUGUAAGGCGUUCAGACAGAGGGUAAGGAUUGUGUUCGAAAGUAUAAGGAGCAGGAGGGAUUUAAACACCAACCCAGUGCUGGGCCCUGCUGCUGAGAACUUGAAAAUGCAGCCACUGACUUGUCAAGAUAACAUAGAAGAGAGAGAGCAAGACUGAGAUAUGGCCAGCAGCAUAGCACCCUGAAUUCCACAUAACAAUAUUAUGUAUUUAAAGGUACAUGCUUUAAACUGCCAUGUGGUUUUCCUGUCAAAUGGGCUGAUGGUGAAGUGGAUGUCCAUUGUAUACACAUACCAAAGAAGUUUACAGAUCACACCUCUAGUAACUUUGAUAGGAACAGUGGCAAAUUAGAUAGGAUACUGAAGCCUUGGAAAGGCUUGCACCAAACUAUUUAUGGUAAAGUUGACCUGGGAAACUCCCUGGUGAUCUCACAGUUCAGUUAUUUAUUCAUGCCACUACCUACCCCAUGAAAAUCUUUUUGCAAGUUAUUUAAUAAAAACAACAUUUAUUUGGAAUAUUUAAUGUUACGCAUGCAGGUAUCCUGUAUGUGUAUUAGUGUUUUUCCACUCCUUCUGCCCUAAUCACAGAUGUCCCUUAUGUUUCUGAUUGUUGUCAUUGUUAGAAAAAAAUAGAGUAUAUACUUUAUUAAACUUUUGGGUAUACUUUGCCUGAUUUAUUGCUUUUUCCUUUGACCUUUGAGCCCUUAGGCAGGGCUAAUUAUAGA